AUGGCUGGGGCGCUCAAGCUUCUCUAUCUGUGGCUGGGGUGCUUCUGCGUGGCCCUAGCACAGGGAGAAAAACUAAAGCAGCAUUUCCACGAGCUCCGCAAGGCUGUGCCCAGCGACCGCAUGGCAGGUGGUGGCUCCGGUCCCGAGCUGCAGCCGCGAGACAAGGUGUCGGAACACAUGCUGAGGCUUUAUGACAGGUACAGCCGCGGCAGCAGGACCGAGGCGGUGCGGAUGUCAGGUUCCGCAGAGCGGAGAUCUGGGUCCCCGUGCCCCCAGCCUCUGCAGGAAGGCAACACAAUUCGGAGUUACAGAGCCGGAGCAGCAGGAAUAUUCAAAAGCAAAGGACUGCAUAUUUUCAACCUGACUUCUUUAACCAAGUCUGAAAACAUUUUGUCUGCCACAUUGUAUUUCUACAUUGGCGAACUAAUCAACAUCAGCCUGAGUUGUCCGUCAUCCCGAGGAUGUACACAUUACACUCAGAGGAGACACGUUCAGAUUGAUCUCUCUGCAUGGAUCCUCCAAUCUGACAGAAACCAAAGUCGACUCCUAGGUCAUCUUUCUGUAAAUAUAGUCAAAUCUCAUCGAGACAUCACGACCUGGUUAUCUAAAGACAUCACUCAAGUCCUGAGGAAGGCUAAGGAAAAUGAGGAGUUCCUUGUCGGAUUUAACAUUACCUCCAGGAGACACCAGCUGCCAAAGAGCGUCCCGCCCUUUCCUGAGCCUUAUGUCUUGGUCUGUGCCAAUGAUGCUGCCAUCUCUGAGCCAGAGAGUGUGGUAUCAAGCUUACAGGGACACUGGAAUUUCCCCAUUGGGGCUUUGUCACCACUGGAUAGCCACAUCAGGGCUGCCCUUUCUAUAGAACGGAGGAAGAAGCGCUCCACUGGGGUCCUGCUGCCCCUGCAGAACAAUGAGCUUCCUGGGGCAGAGUAUCAGUCUAAGGAGGAUGGGAUCUGGGAGGAGAGAAAGCCUUAUAAGACCCUUCAGACUCAGCCCUCUGAGAAGAGUAAGACGAAAAAGAAACAGAGAAAGGGACCUCACCAGAAAAGCCAGACACUCCAGUUUGAUGAGCAGACCCUGAAGAAGGCAAGAAGAAAGCAAUGGAUUGAACCUCGGAAUUGUGCCAGGCGAUAUCUUAAAGUUGACUUUGCGGAUAUUGGCUGGAGUGAAUGGAUUAUCUCUCCCAAGUCAUUUGAUGCUUAUUAUUGCUCUGGAGCAUGCCAGUUUCCCAUGCCAAAGUCAUUGAAGCCGUCAAAUCAUGCUACCAUCCAGAGCAUAGUGAGAGCUGUGGGUGUCGUUCCUGGGAUUCCUGAGCCUUGCUGUGUGCCAGAAAAGAUGUCCUCACUCAGCAUCUUAUUCUUUGAUGAAAAUAAAAAUGUGGUGCUUAAAGUAUAUCCUAACAUGACAGUAGAGUCUUGUGCUUGCAGAUAACCUUGCAAAGAACUCAUUUGAAUGCUUAAUUCAAU